AUGCCGCCGCCUACAGCUCCGUCCCCUGUCGCUUUACCUCAGUCACGACAGGACGGCGCGGUUAAGACUCCUCGUCCGGACUUUACUAUCGGCCUUCGUCACUCGACGGUAGCUAGCGCACUGAUAAAACGUGGGCUCAGCAAAUACAAGGCCGACGAUCUCCUAAAAUUCUUGCAACGCGAGGACAAACUUUGCUCCGAUCCUACGCAAAACUUCCUAAACGUUCGAUUUCCGAUCCUAGUGAUUGAAGGCAAAGCAUACGCUACUGGAAAGACCGUCUUCGAGUCAAAAUUGGAGACAAUUUGCGUCAUUGGAUCGAAGCAACGAUAUUAG